CUCCAUGGCAAAACGAUUUAAUGAUUGCUCUGAACGUAAUCUCAUUUAUGAGGAUGCAAAAAAAAAAAAAAAAAAGGACUUCGGGUCAGGGAGAAUGUAUAAAUGUCCAUCACCAUCAAGGUUCUGCUAUAUUUGAAAGGCUGAGGCAUUUCCAAGGACACAUUUCAUAGAAAUUUGGUUCUCAGCCCCAAGAUAUCGAUUGAACUGGGGUCAAUUCCUAGGACGUUCUGAUCAAAAAGCUUGAAGAGCCCUGUGACAGAGGCAGUGAGGAGACUUGAUCGCUGACCUGUGCUGUUGGACCCCAGCAUGUGUACUGGGAGUUGUGCCAAGUGCCUGGGGGGCACCCUCAUUCCCCUGGCUGUGUGCAGCUUCCUGGCUAACAUCCUGCUAUUCUUUCCUGGAGGAAAAGUGAUAGACAACAACGACCACCUUUCCGAAGAGGUCUGGUUUUUCGGAGGAAUAUUAGGAAGCGGGGUCUUGAUGAUCUUUCCUGCGCUGGUGUUCUUAGGCCUUAAGAACAAUGACUGCUGUGGGUGCUGCGGCAAUGAGAGCUGUGGGAAGAGAUUUGCGAUGUUCACCUCCACAAUAUUCGCUGUGGUUGGAUUUGUGGGUGCCGGAUACUCCUUUAUCAUCUCAGCCAUCUCAAUCAACAAGGGUCCGAAGUGUCUCAUAGCCAAUAGCACGUGGAACUACCCCUUCCACAAUGGGGAUUAUCUCAAUGACCAAGCCUUAUGGAGCAAGUGCCAAGAGCCUGCUGACGUGGUUCCCUGGAACCUGGCCCUCUUCUCCAUCUUGCUGAUCAUAGGAGGAAUCCAGAUGGUUCUCUGCGCCAUCCAGGUGAUCAAUGGCCUCCUGGGGACCCUCUGUGGAGACUGCCAAUGUUGUGGCUGCUGUGGGGUAAGUUAAGAUGGACCAGUUUAAACCUCCGAGAUGGGCUGCUCCAGCUCUCCAGCAUGA